UUUUAAAUCAACGUAGUGUCAGUACAAUAUUAGCAUUCAUGGAGUGACUUCUGGCACAAUAGCUCAAUUCCCUUCGCUCUCUCAAAGAGUAUAUCCAGUAGCUUCGGUUAAAUCUGUAGACCUCGAUCCAGGAUAUCUUUUUCAAAUCUUACGCACGUGUGAAAUCCAAUUGUUACCAGUAUUGUAACACUAAUUAUAAAUAAUAAACGCGGACCGUUUACGCGGUUUUUUUUCAUCAUCACCACCUUUUCUUCCGUCAACCCGAUCAUUAUCAUCAACCCGUAUCACCACGGAUGAAAACAAUAUUGUGUCACGUUACAUGUCAGAUCGAACUCGGUUCACAAAUUAUCGUACAUUCAAAUAAUUUCUCUCAGCCCACCACAUGUUUGGCACUUUCCUGUGAUAAUAUACCGCGUUCGCGGUACCUAUUCAGUUUUAUCAAAACUUUUAAUCCUUCCUUUGCUCGCGACACUUGCUAUACGGAUCGAGAGAUAAAAAAUGAGAGGUACCGAUCGUUUGAACCAGUUCAACGACGAAGAUUACUAUAGCGGUGGUCCAUGUCCUUCUUGCAGACUUGCGAUUAACAAGGAAACUGGGAGAUUGAAGUGGUGCAUGGGCGGUAACAAUACCUGGAGAUUGAGAGUUAGACUUAUGCUAAUAAUACCCGCUGUCUUAUUGCCGGUCACAAUCAUAUUCAUAGCGAUAUGCAGGUCGAAUGCGACCGGCAAAGUUUCACACCAGAUAACGCAGGAGCCGAACGAAUUGUCUCGAGAAAGCAGCGGUAACGUUCAAGCCGUAUUGAGUUAUGACCCCGAUCAGUCGGAAAUCGAGGACCCGAGGGAAAUACUACAGGAAAUAAAAACCAGCUACGUACCACCCGAUAUAACUUUCAACAUGGGACGACAAAAGAGGGACGUCUCCACCUCGGACAAAUGGCAGAGUUUCAGGGUGAAUGGGGAUGAUUCGAAUAUACUGGUAGAAAAAGACGCAGACAUACCGGAAGACAGACUGGUGAAUUCACUGGCCGACUAUCCGGGUAAGGGGGAGGAAAUCGAGACUUACGAAAACGGGGAGACCGACGCCGACGAUUAUCAGGAAGGCGAAUUGAUGUACGGAGAUACAGCGGGGAAUUCGGCGAAUCAGAUGCCGUGGCACACGGUGAGUUCCGGAGACAAAGAUGAGGCGCAACCACAAAGCGAAUCCGACGAGGGCGAGCAGGUCGGAAGACCUUCGAUUACCGAUAACACCUGGAUCGCUAUGGACGACGAGAAUUUGGACACCUCUUCGGAUUUUCACGCGUUUUGGAAGGGGGAAGGCGACGUGAAGAGCAUCCGCGAAGCGCAAGCGAAGAUGAUGUUAAGGUACAUGGAUAAUACAGUAGAUCCCUGUCGUGACUUUUACCAAUAUGCAUGCGGUAAUUGGGGAAAACGUAACCCAAUACCAAAAGAUAAAGCAGGAUAUGACACAUUUGAAAUGCUAAGAGAGUCCUUAGAUUCAGUUUUGAAGGAAUUAUUGGAGGAGCCGAUUUCGCCCGGAUCAAAACCCGAAACGAUCGACGCUACGGUCAAAGCCAAACACCUCUUUGAAAGCUGCAUGAAUUACGAGAUCUUGGAGCAACGUAUGGAGCGGCCUUUGAUCGAGCUUUUGGACGAACUGGGGGGUUGGCCGAUUUUACGGCCCAGUUGGAACCCGGAGAAAUUUGACUGGCUUCUCCUCGUCGCCCAAUUGCGGCUCUACAACAACGAUAUUUUAAUUUCCGAGUGGGUCGGACCCGACAUCAGAAACAGCGAUCAGUACGUCAUACAGUUCGAUCAGACGUCUCUCGGCCUUCCAACGAGAGAUUACUUCCUCCAACCGUCUAACGCACUUUACUUGGAAGCCUACAAAAGUUACUUGAUAAAAAUUGCGACGCUGCUAGGAGCCCCUAUUGAAAACGCGACAAUUUACGCCGACGAGCUGAUCGACUUCGAAACGAACCUUGCGAAGAUAACGUCUUCACCCGACGAGAGACGCAACGUUUCCGAACUUUACCAACGAAUGAGUAUCGGAGAAUUGAGAACCGUGAUACCUCAAAUUGAUUGGAAGCGAUAUUUGUCCAUAGUUUUGGCUAGACCUGCUGAUAUUUCGGAGCCCGUUGUCGUGUUCGCUCUCCAAUACAUUCAAGAUCUGGUCAAUCUGCUCUCGAAGACACCGGCCAGGACGAUAUCCAACUACUUGUUGUGGCGUUUCGUGCGACACCGCGUCAACAAUUUGGACGAUCGUUUCCAAGAAGCGAAGCAAAGAUUUUAUUACAUUCUGUUCGGCAGAGAGCAGGCGCCGUCGAGAUGGAAAAAUUGCGUUGCCCAGGUGAAUUCUAACAUGGGAAUGGCCGUUGGCUCGAUGUUCGUCAGAAAAUAUUUCGACGAGAACAGUAAAAACGACACCUUGCUGAUGACACAGGAGAUCCAACAAUCGUUCAGAGAAUUGUUGACCAAGACUAUAUGGAUCGACGACGAAACUAAACAGUUGGCCAGUGAAAAAGUCGACGCUAUGUUGCUCAGGAUCGGGUAUCCGGAUUUUAUUUUGCAAUCCCACCUUCUAAAUGAACGCUACAAAGAUGUUUCGAUCAGUCCCGAUAAAUACUUCGAAAAUACUUUGAACAUUCUGCAGCACUUGACGCGCGUGGAACAAGACAGAUUAGGCAGUCCUGUGAACAAGACGUUGUGGAACACCGCGCCGGCCGUUGUAAACGCUUAUUACAGUCGUAAUAAAAAUCAGAUAAUGUUUCCGGCGGGUAUUUUACAGCCACCGUUUUACCACAGAUACUUUCCCAGGAGUCUGAAUUACGGUGGUAUCGGGGUGGUCAUCGGUCACGAGAUCACUCACGGUUUCGACGACAAGGGGAGACUCUUCGACAAGGAGGGAAAUUUACACAGGUGGUGGAAGGACGAGGCCAUCGAAGGCUUUCAUCAAAGAGCUCAGUGUCUCAUCGACCAGUACAGUCGCUACACCGUGACCGAAGUCGGCAUGCAAAUUGACGGAAUAAAUACGCAGGGUGAGAACAUUGCCGACAACGGAGGAAUCAAACAGGCGUUCAGGGCGUAUCAAAGAUGGCUGAACACGAACGGCGAGGCUAACGAGACUUUGCCCGGCAUAAGCGCCACCGGGAAGCAAUUAUUUUUUCUGAAUUUCGCCCAAGUUUGGUGCGGUUCGAUGCGACCGGAAGCUACGAGGAACAAAUUGAAAACGGCGGUGCAUUCGCCGGGGAAAUUUCGUGUCAUCGGUACUCUUUCGAAUUCCGAAGAUUUUGCGCAAGUUUUCAACUGCCCGCUUGGCGCUCCGAUGAACCCUUUGAAAAAAUGUUCAGUUUGGUGACCGCGCACACGUGGAUCGUGCAUACGAAUAAUUGUAUAUUAUUUAGCCAAUUUCAAUUGACCGUUUCAUUGUGUAUCCGAACUCACGUGAAUUUAACACGGAAUGAAAAAUUUAAUCACUAAAACCGUAUGAAUCGCUCA